GUCUCUGAGGAUCGAGCAUCAGUCUUACCACUACUUCAAGUGUGUUAAUAACGAACUUUUCUGAACAGAUACAAUUUGUUUGUAAAUGAGUAUGUGUUUGUGCUCAUUUUCAGAUGUGAUUUAAGCCAUUUAAUCCGUUGAGUGAUUUACAUUAUUUUGAAUCUUUUUCAAUUUAAUAACGAAAAGAGAUCAUGGAAUUUUAUAAAAGCUACAUAUUAAUCAUUUUACUAUUAGGACUGCAUAUUUUCAGUCAACGUGUUUUAUCACUAGAGGAAACAUGCGACAAAGCGGCUAACCAUUCGCUGGGUGUGUGCAUCAACAUUAAACUAUGUGACCCUUACUUGGCGAUCCUUCGUAAAUACGGAACCACUGCCGGUAACUUUCUACGCAGUACCCUCUGUUACUACGAGAACAGCCAGCCAAUCGUAUGCUGUCCAAGGCCAAGAACGGAACUACAGCAACCGAUGAUAACAUCAAAGCCGAUAGAGCCGUCGCCAAAUUCUACCUAUGGUCCGCUUUACGGACCACAAUGUGGCUCGAGCAAUGCUCAGCACAAUAGAGUUGUUGGCGGUGUACCGGCCGACUUGGGAGCUUGGCCAUGGAUGGCGGCAUUGGGAUAUAAAAAUAAAAAGUCGCAUCAGCCUCAAUGGUUAUGCGGUGGCAGUCUCAUUUCGAGUCGUCACAUCCUUACAGCUGGCCACUGUGUUUAUAAUCGUUAUGAUUUGUACCUUGCGCGGCUUGGUGAGCAUGAUCUUAAAAGUGAAACAGAUGGAGCAAACCCGAUCGACGUGCCCAUAGAGAGAGGCACUAUUCAUCCCCAGUAUAAUUCGAAAACCGUUGCCAAUGACAUUGCUGUGCUAAGACUCAAAUAUGAAGUUUCAUUUACCGAUGCCAUUCAUCCUAUAUGCCUACCACUAAUACCAGAAAUUAAAAACAGAGAUUAUAUUCGACAUUAUCCAUUCGUAGCUGGGUGGGGUGCAGUAAUCUUCCGUGGACCUUCUAGUAGCGUUUUACUAGAGACUCAAUUACCGGUUGUAUCACAAGAAAAUUGUAGAAACGCCUAUGCUAAUUUAGAUCACGGUAUUGACGACAAAGUUUUAUGUGCGGGAGAACCUGCAGGAGGAAGAGAUGCAUGCCAGGGUGAUAGUGGUGGACCAUUGAUGUUUCCAAAAGCUACAACCUAUUAUAUCAUUGGUAUAGUAUCGGUAGGCUACCGAUGUGCUGAACGUGGCAUCCCUGGUGUUUAUACAAAAGUUUCUUAUUACAUAGACUUUAUUUUAACUCAUUUGUAUUAAUAAACUCGAUAUAUUAAUAUAAUUUUUAUAUUUUAUA